UGUAGGCCACAGUCUGCCUUUUGAGGACCCCAUAUUAGUCUGAAUAAAUUAUUCAAGACUUAGAACAGUGUCUCAUAAAAGAGGAACACAAUACGACAGUGGCACAUCUUAAAUAUGUAGACCUUGACCUGGUUUUAACUAGAGAUAACCUUGAGGACAUGUAAUCUUUUUGUUCUUCGUGUCCUAAACCUGGAGAUCUGACUUAUCCAUUUGUACUAAGGUAUUUAACCAUGUAACAGGUGGGAAUGUGGUCAAGGGGUCGAAAGGGAGAGAUGAUAGUGUUGGCUUCCACCAAUAAGGACACUAUACUAGCGGGUUCCUGGGCCAAGUAUGGAGACUCAUCGGCUGAUGUCAACCUCAUAGGACACUUCCCAAAGAAGGAAAUUGAGAAGGCUCUCCUACUUCAUGCUAAGGAUAAGCUGAAUCUCCAAAUUCUGCAGGAUAUUGUACCUUCCACAGCCAAGGAAGAUGAGGCAAAGUCACUGACAGAAGAUGAGGAGUCAAUUGUAAUGACAAACUUACAAACAACCGAGUACUGUGGUCCUUACUCAAUGUUUGGCAGACUGAUUUACCUCUGGAGGAACAGGUGCUCCCCAAAGGAGGUGGGAGAAAAAGUGAAGUCAUUUUUCCAGCAAUACAGCUUCCAGAGACCCAGGAGGACAGUGGUGACGACGUCCUACUACAUCUCGGGGAACUGGCCCACUGUAUAGUCGCCUACCUUUGUUGUACCCCUUGACCUGGUCCUAGCAAUUCGCAGCCAUCGACAAGGCGGUGAGACAAGGGAGUUUAGUACAGUAACAACUGACUUUGUUUAGCUAACAUACACCCAGUUAUAAUGUUGACCACACCCUCUAUUGUCAACCACACCCUGUUGCCAACCACACCCUCUGUUGCCAAUCACGCCCUCCAUUGUCACCCACACCCUGAAUUAUCGACUACACCCUCUAUUGCCAACCAUACCCUCUAUUUCUACACUCAUUUAGCACCACUCUUUCCAAUCAUUUCUUUGAGAGUUCUGUAGCUUGUGAUACAACCUACACAAGAGUGACAGAUGUGUAUAGAUGAUACAUAAAUCAAAGUAAUUUUUUAUCAAUACAGACAAAAGUAGUUCCAGUGUAUUCAUCACCUGUAAAUCAACCUCUAUUUCUUUUAACAGGUGCAGGAAUAUGAACAGAUGGGGACAAAGAACCAAAAUUAAUCAACACCUACCGUACAUGGAAUAAUCUCCCAGCAGAAGCUCGUAACACUUUAGGAAUCACACCGUGUUCUAUCAAUCUGAGAUAUGGCAGAUUAAGAUGGUUGUGCCUAACAAAGAAAAGACCGAUAAUACAGACAGUGAGUGUGAUGAACCAGUAGGCCAAGUGAGGAAGACACUGCAGCCAGAGAAAAAUUCAUAAGUUCGUGGAUCAGUGAUUAGCGAUUACUAUUCCCAGGAAGAAGUUAGGAGUGAGUUUCAAUACAAAGACAAUUAAAUCAAGGGAAACCAACCAGAUGAAGCAUGUAACUCUUCAGAAGCUAUUAAGAAGAGCUACUACACACUCUUCUCAGACAAUACUCCAAAUCUAACUACAUCACCUGCAAAUAAUGUUAAGCCAAAGCUGCGUGAAAUUCUCUAUGCACACCAUCACCAACUCCUAUAAUGGGUGAAUUGAUAGAUCCAUCUCAGUUACCUCAACCUCAGCUGUGUCCAAUACCAAUCCUACCACUUCAUCUUUGUAGUUACCAUCCUCUACCUUGGGUAACUAAUCACAGUUUUUUUUACUCUUUUUUCAUUAAAAAAAUCCCUAAAAGCUUUAAGUAAGUCUCAACAUUUAACAGAAUUUUUGACAUUUUCUUAUUUUUUCAGGCAGUUCUUCGUCAAAAAAUUCUCAAAAGCUUCAUUCAAAAUAUAUCUUGACAAUUAAUAUAAUUUAAUUGUUUACUUACAUUUAUAUGCUUCAUUCAUUCAUUUGUACAACUGUUUUGGUUGUGUAACUGUAAACAUUAGCUGUGUGUGUGAGUGUUGUCUUGGUGUGGACUGGGGGUGUGUGUGGUGUGGUGGUACGUUAAGGCCGUCAUAUUGGUAACAUGCACAUACCCCAUACUUGUACCUAUAAUAAAACUUAUUACCAAAAUA